UCUUAUCUGAUGCCAUCGAUUCUGCGCUGUCGUCUCUGUCCUCUCGCCACACUUCCAUUUACUGCGAAGAGAGGAAACCAUGAGAACGCAGAGUGCCAAGUUUAGCAUGUCCAUGGAUUCUCCUUUUCUCUUGCUUCUUCUUCAGUGGAUUGUGUGCUUCCUCUUUGUUGUUGGAAGCGGGGGCCAAGCACAAGGCCGGAACGUCACAGACCCUGUUGAAGUGAGCGCUUUCAGAAGCAUAUCAAAGCAUUGGAACCUGCCGUCGACCGCUUCAUGGAAUCUAAGUGAGCCCUGCAGUGGCACAGCCAUUGAUUCUUCCACAAUAGAUGACGGCCGCUACAACCCUGCAAUCAAGUGUUCCUGCACAAAUGGGACUUGCCAUAUCACCAAACUCAAAGUUUAUGCUCUGAGUAUCACGGGAACUAUACCCGAUGCUCUUGCAAAUCUUACUUUGAUGGAUAAUAUAAUUCUGUCUCAAAAUUAUCUGACUGGACCAUUGCCUGCAUUCCUUGGAAAGUUGACCAACAUGGAAUACCUGACUUUUGGUAUUAAUGCUCUCUCUGGCACGGUUCCGAAGGAACUUGGAAAUCUUACACAACUCAAAUCACUGUCCUUUGGAUCAAAUAAUUUCUCAGGCCCUCUUCCACCCGAGCUUGGAAACCUGGUGAACUUGGAACAACUGUAUAUUGAUACUGCUGGCCUAAGUGGUCCAAUUCCAUCAACAUUCAUAAAUCUAAAGAAUUUGGGCAUAAUAUGGGCAUCAGGCAACCAAUUUACUGGAAAGAUACCUGACCUUAUAUGCAAGUUGACGAAACUCACUGACUUGAGGCUUGAGGGGAGCUUUUCACAGGGUCCAAUACCAUCAGGGUUCUCUAAUUUAACAUUGUUGUCAACUCUGCUUAUAAGUGACCUGUCAAAUGGAACCUCCUCCUUAUUGUUUAUUAAAAACAUGAAAUCUCUGGGCACUUUAGUAUUGAGGAAUGUCAAUCUAUCUGGAAGUAUUCCAACUGAUAUAUGGAGUUAUCAAGAAUUGAAUCAUUUGGACCUCAGUUUCAAUAAUCUGACUGGUCAAAUUCCGAGCUCUCUCUUCAAUAUGAAUAAACUUAUCUACUUGUACCUUGGAAACAACCAUUUGUCCGGUGUAAUCCCAUCCACAAAAAGUUCAAAUCUCAAAAAUAUAGACUUGUCAUACAACAAUUUAUCAGGAACUAUUCCUUCUUGGUUGGGUGAAACAAAUUUGCAAAUUAAUUUGGUUGGAAACUCCUUGGUCAUUGAUAGCUCUGACAACAGUGGUUUGACUGCUGGACUGAAGUGUCUUCAACAGGGCUUCUCAUGUAGUCAAAAUUCUCCUACUUAUUCUUCAUUUGCAAUUAACUGUGGUGGUCCACAGAUUACAUCUUCAGGUGGCAUAGUGUUUGAUGGAGAGAAUGAAGAUCUUCGUGCUUCAUCAUAUUAUAUGAUUGACACAGAUAGAUGGGCAGUGAGUAACAAUGGGAUGUUUCUUUACAACAACAAUCCUCAGUUUACGCAGAACACCUCCAAACCGUUUACCAACACAUUAGAUUCAAACUUAUUCCAAACAGCAAGGCUAUCUCCAGUUUCAUUGCGAUAUUAUGGACUUGGCCUUGAAAAUGGAAACUACAAAGUCAACCUUCUAUUUGCUGAAACAGCUUUCCCGGAUACACCUACGUGGCAAAGUGUUGGAAGGCGUAUUUUUGAUAUUUACAUUCAAGGUAAGAUGGUGCUUAAAGAUUUUGACAUAAGAAGGCAGGCAGGUGGAGUUUCAUUUAGAGCUGUUUCGAUGAAUUUUACAGCCAAUGUAUCCCAUAACUUCCUUGAAAUACACCUUUACUGGGCUGGAAAGGGAACCUGUUGCAUUCCUGCCCAAGGAACUUAUGGGCCAUCUAUUUCAGCAAUUAGUGUUACUCCAGAUUUUGUGCCUACUGUUUGCAAUCGCACACCAGGCAUGUGCUUCAGAAAGAAAAAGGCAGUGAGGGCUGUCAUUGGAAUUUCUAUUGCUGCUGCAGUGGUUGUGGUUACUUUCCUUCUGGUAGUUUUUGUAUUACGACAGAGGAAAAGGAAGCUUCUCCUACAAAAUGCAAAUGCAGAGCUCUCAGGAACAGGUGUUCAACCAAAUAUGUUUAGCUUUGCUGAACUACAGGUUGCAACAAAUCACUUUGAUGCUGCAAACAAGUUGGGAGAGGGAGGAUACGGACCCGUAUAUAAGGGCACACUUUCAGAUAGGAGGUUUGUUGCUGUGAAGCAACUCUCUGCAGCAUCACAUCAAGGGAAGAAUCAGUUCCUCACGGAGAUUGCGACCAUUUCUGCAGUGGAACAUCGAAAUCUUGUGAAGUUGCUCGGAUGUUGCCUUGAGGGAGAUAAACGUCUCCUAGUCUACGAGUAUAUGGAAAACAAAAGCCUUGAUCAAAGCCUCUUUGGAAACAAAGGACUGAAUUUGAAUUGGUCCACUCGCUUUCACAUCUUGUUGGGAACAGCUCGAGGGCUUGCUUAUCUUCAUGAAGGAUCAAGAAUAAAAAUUGUACAUAGGGACGUCAAAGCAAGCAAUAUUCUACUUGAUGCGGAGCUUAAUCCAAAAAUUUCUGAUUUUGGUAUGGCCAAGCUUUAUGAUGAUGAUAAAUCACACCUUAGCACCAGGGUUGCUGGAACAGUUGGAUAUCUUGCACCAGAAUAUGCCAUGCGUGGACACUUAACAGAAAAGGUUGAUGUCUUUGGGUUUGGGGUUCUUGCACUUGAGGUUAUUAGUGGAAGGCCUAACGCAGACAAUACCUUAGACCCGAAGGAGAUAUAUCUUCUGGAAUGGGCUUGGCAUUUGCAUGAGAACGACAGCCACUUGAAAUUGGUGGAUCCAACUCUAACUGAAUAUAAUGAAGAGGAAGCUCUCAGGGUGAUUAGAGUUGCUCUUUUGUGCACACAAGCAUCGCCAUCACUACGGCCACGCAUGUCUCGUGUCAUUGCCAUGUUGUCAGGAGACAUAGAAGUGGACGCUGCAACAUCAAGGCCUGCAUAUCUUACUGAUUGGCAGUUCAAGGAUAUAAGCAGCACAAUUAAUACUGAUACAUCCACAUCCAAGACGUCUGCAACUACAGCCACUGAUGACUACCAAUCUGCACCAAUAACCACAAGCACAAUAACCCCUGGAACUCACUCGCAGUGAUGCGCAUCCAAUAUUUCAACAAUCACAGAGAUGUUGAUGAUGAUAAUAUCCAUUAAAUAAGGUUUUGACCUGUGUGUGCCUUAGUACCAUAUGGCUGUAAGCUCUUUUUCAAUGACUAGAAAACUAAGGAUGUGCCAAAUUUGCCUACAUGAGGGGCAUUUUACCGUA